ACACACUAACAUGCUCCACACCAGUGUACACGUCUCCAACUCACCUGUGGAUUUUUUGUUGUGACUAUUUUUUGCUUACUUUUGUGUGUUGACUUCAUGAGGCGUAAUAAUCUUAAGUGGGAUUUGCUUUAUUGAUGCUGCUUGCGUCCUCCAUGUGUAAAAUCAAAGUCAAAAACAAACCGUUCAGUGCUUUCAAGUUCCCUUGCAGAUGAAACUGAGUGAAGUGAGGAAGUUGUGUUGGCUGCUGCUGCGUCACCGCUGAUACCAACAGGAAGGAAUAGUGCAGUAUUUGUGUGUAACUGCUGGGCUUGAAAGUUUCAUAUACCUCUCUUGCUCCUCUUCAUUCACACGACUUUGUCAGCUUCCAUCCAGUGUCUUUUCCAAUGUCUGGCUUCUGUGCAACUCAUUCUUGAAACCUGCUUAUAGUCUGUCGGGGUGUGGGGGUGACCAGAUGGCCCUCAGUGUAUAGUUUAGAGGAGAAGCCAUUGGAGACGUGUUUGUGGAAAGGAGAGGUAAGGUGUAGAGAAGCUAUGGGAUGCUGCAGUGUGACCCAGCGACAUACAGGGACUGAUGAAGUGGGCCCAGAUGAGAUCGAACUCCUGGAAAUCAACAAUGCAGGAAUUUGGAGUCUUGAUGAAAGUAGGCUCCAGUUUUCCACAAGAAAUGGCACAGAAGAAGGUCCACAUCGCUGUCCCUCUGUGAGGCACCUGAAGCAGGAGGACCCAGAUCCUGUUUCUGUGACUGUGAAGGACACAACAAAACACAACAAUUCACAACUGGUGCCUUGGGCCUUGACAAAAAAGGAGCUCCAUCAUAGGCUUUACACUCAGCCUAUCAGAGAAUGGGAAGGACAGGCACCACACACCUAUGGAGACAUUAUCCACUCAUCUUCAGUGUAUUUACACAGUGAAUACACAAAGGUUAUGAGUGAAAGAUAUCUGGUUUUAUUUUCCUUCCAUUUGUUAAUCCUCGCUUUGGACAGCUCUAAUAAUGAUUUUAUUUAUGAGGGCAUGCUUCCUCUCUCAGCCAUUGAGGUGCGUCUGAUCUCACAGCAGGACCCCAGUUCUCCACAUAUGUUUGAGAUUAGCGGGCCUAUGGUGGACUCAAAGAUCUUCGUUUGUGCUACUGCUGCUGAAACAAAAGCAUGGAUGGAGAACAUUGAGGACAGAAGAUACAAAUCCCUUAGGCAACAGCUGAGUCCAUCCCAUAGUGCUCUCUCAUACCUGGUGCCAUGUAAUGAAAACUGGAAGAGGGAGGAGCUUAAAAGGUACUUACUGCGGUCUCCCAUCUUGCAAUGGGAGGGGACUCCCAUUCAGCACAUGGGCUAUCCCAGAUACCUUUCACUGGUGCACAUCAGCAACGUAUACACACAGGACCGUCGUUUGCAGGGACCUCAGGAUCGUUUGCUUGUGCUCUUCCCAUCUGACCUCCUCAUUCUGUCUCUGGACUGUCAUCGUGUACGUGUGAAAUAUGAAGGCCGUCUGCCACUAAAGAGUAUUAAAGCCACAGAAAGAUCUGCAUUACCUGGCAGAUUGGAGUUUGAACUCACAGGUGAACUGGUGGAGCCUCUGCUUGUCUCCUGCACUUACCCUGAGGACUAUCAAAGCUGGAUCUUCCAGUUACAACAGCCUGAUAAAGGGGCAGAUUCAUUGCCACAUCACACCCCUCCACCUCUGAUACCAAAGAAGCGCAGGAGCUGAGGAUGUGAGAUGGAAAUUAAAAUGGCUGUGAACUCCAUAUAUUGAGCCCAAUGAAAGCUGCUGAUAACAAAUGAACAUUUUACUGUUGCAUUUUACUCCUAAGUAACUCUUCACUGCUUGUGAGGAAGUAUCUUCAAUAGCUAGGAAACUUACAGGUUUAGACAGUAAUAAAGUCUGCUCCAUAAUAAUCUGUUUUGAGGUGGGGAGUGGAAAUGUACGAUGUGUAAAAUGAAUACAAAUGUUUAAAUGUGAUGUAAUAAAUUGUUUUAAUUAGUU